CUAGAGGGUGACGCACUACACGGGUGCGAUCUGCUUUGUGUGGCGCUUAUCGCUAACUCCACAGCAGCAAUUCAAAUCCAGCGUUCUAUCUGACAGUUCGGUAACAGAGCGCGCAGAAGAAGGAUUCAUUCUGCCUAAUUCGUAUACAGUCUGUGCGUAAAUUCGAAAAAAAAGUGGCAAAAAAAUAAAUACUCGUACGUACUUUUUUAACUGGCUUCACGGCUCUGGGUUCUAACCAUUUGAGCCUAAUAUAGGUGCGCUGUAUGGAUUAACUCCUGUUCAGUUAGUGACAUGGAGAUGUCUAAAUAAAAAAAGGUUUUAUUUAUAUAUGUGGCGAAAGUGAAACUUCCGCGAUUCAUCUAAAAGUUCAGAAACAAAAAGAAAAAGAAAGAAAAGAAAAAGAAGAAGAAAGAUUACUAUUAUUCAGCGAGAGAAAAAAAAAAGUUUCAUACUUAUAGUAAUUUUAUAUGCGUAGAUAUGGAACUCGUCUAGGAACUCUAAUAUUAUACAAUAGUUAAAAGAGAUUGGAAAAGAAGGAUUUACUCCUAUCAAGCAGUGGCAAUUUGUUGUUUUAAUACAUAAAAAAGUUUUAUAUUUCUACGUGGAUGUGGAAUUUUUUGGCGCGUAACAAGCAAGUGGCGGCGAUGUUGGGAUUGCUUGCAGCGGCCGCUUUGGUGGUAAUAUUUUUGACCACCAGAGGUCGCGGUCAUGUAAUCGUUGAACAGAUUUUGGUGGAAACUGAGGAUGUCAGUGAGAGUCCGUACAUUUUUUCUGCUCACAGCCUCCCAUCAGACGAUCGAUUCAUGCCAUCCGUAGGCAAUGGCCAUCUCGCUACCAACGUCUUUAGCGACACAGUCUAUAUGAAUGGCUUAUACAAUGGACGUAGGGGCGAGAGCAGACGGGCCAGAAUACCAGCUUGGGCAAACAUACGCCUUAAUUCCACCCUUACAAACCACCCGUAUAGUCCAGUUUACAGUCUGGACACGAAACAUGGGGUGUUCCAAGUGUCGGUCGAUAGAGAUAGGUCGGUGGUGACUCAGAGAAUCUUCGCUCAUAGAUUCUACACGAGGUCUAUUGUGAACCAAAUCAAGGUUGAGCCUAAGACUCAUGCAGAUCCAAACUUCGUUCACCAAGCAAUCUGGAUAGCCAUAAAACAAAUGCCAGGUCCCGAAAGCCAAGAUAUCGCCUUCGCCCCCCCAACUCCUGAGAUCAUCGAUGAAAUGAUAGUGUGGAAAGCAUGUGGGAAGACCAAGGAAGUAGAAGAUCCAGCGUAUCAAGCCACGCCAGUAGAUGUUUGUGCCUAUUGGACCUCUGUGCCUGAUCACCUCGUGGUACCACAUGUCAGGAGUAGAGUGUUCACGUUUUUCAUGACCGCCGAUAAAAAUGAAACUGUGGCAAGACAGGAGUUCAUCAAAAUAUUGCAGGAGGACGGGGAGGAGUUGUUCGAGAAGCAUGUGGACCACUGGGGGAAGUUGUACCGGCAGGGUGGAUUGGAGAUUGAAGGAAAUUUACAGCUGGCCAAAAUAAUCAACGGGAUAUGGUACUACUUCUUAAGCUCGCUUCCAUCAGAACAGUCUCACUUUCCGCUAGACCGAUUCUAUGGUCUCAGUCCAACGGGAUUGGGCAGGGGCGGUAAUUUUGAUGACUAUGAGGGUCACAACUUCUGGGACACGGAGAUGUGGAUGUUCCCACCAAUCCUGCUGUUGUACCCGCAGUACGCUCGCCAACUUCUUCAGUAUCGUCUCGAUACCGCAUACGUGGCCGCUGAGCUGGCGAGAUUAACUGGAAAUAAAGGAUACAGAUAUCCAUGGGAAAGUGCUUACACGGGCAGUGAGGUGACUCAGCCGUGUUGUCCCGAAGUGGCGGAGUUUGAACAGCACAUCACUGGAUGUAUAUCGUUUGCAGCCAGGCAGUACCUUGCUGUGACCAGGGAUGAAGAUUGGUUGAAGCACGGCGGGUGUUCCAUAGUAACAAAUAUCGCCGACUUCUGGGCUUCUCGGGCUGUUAUUAAUUACUCGACCGGCCUCUAUGAUAUUGCAAAUGUGAUGGGUCCGGAUGAAGACCACAGUAACGUGACCAACUCAGUGUUCACUAAUGUAGUAGCUGGUUAUUCGCUGUAUCUGGCUCAAUACGUAGCCUGCCAGUGUAAAUCCUACUACAUGGCAAAAGACCCCGACCACUGGGCUGACAUCGCCUGGAGUCUCGCGCUACCUUACGAUGAGACCCUGGACUAUCACCCACAGUUCCAAGGCUAUAAGAGGAAGGAAGCCAUCAAACAGGCUGACGCUGUGCUAUUGGGCUUUCCUCUUCAGUAUCCCAUGAAUAUUUCAACACGAAUAAACGACCUCACAUACUACGAGUCAGUAACGCGUGGAAGUGGCCUCGCCAUGACCUGGAGCAUGCACACCAUCAGUCAGCUGCAAAUACAGGACAACCUGCGAGCCGCCACGCUCUUCAACAAGAGCUACGAGGGAUACGUCCGAGAGCCUUUCAAGGUUUGGACAGAGCAGCGUCGCCCAAAAGUCGGAGCUGUGAACUUCCACACCGGGAUGGGCGGUUUCCUGCAAACGCUCAUGUUUGGGUACGCCGGCCUCAGGAUACACCUGGACAAACUUGAAAUUAUCCAGCCUCAACUACCGCCUGAAGCUACCAAGUUCAGAAUUAAGGGUAUCAAGUACUUAGGCUCCAACCUGACGCUAGACAUCCGUGUUCCACAAACGACGCUCACCGUCACCUCUGUGGAUGACAACUGGCCUCUUAUGAUGAACAACGGGAAAUACAACGUCACCUUAGUGCCUGGAAUGAUUGUGACGCUGCAAGGCACCGGACCAUUCACAAUACGGAGCGUGCCGUGGAAAGACUGCAAGCUUCCCGUCGACAUCAUAGGACAGAACUAUCUCAGGCCCAUUGGAUUAUAAUGUGCCAUAGUCAUGAAUAUCGUGUACUAUAACUAAUAAAGAAUUUUUUAAAGUU